GAAGGAGUUACAUGAAGUGCUGCAGCUUGACCUGGUAUAAAGUAGUAGUUCCCUGAUUUGCAAGAUACAGGUGCACUGUAUGCUGAUGAAUGCAUGUCUCUCUUCAGAGCUCUCUGGCAAAUUGGCUUUUCAACUUAUCCAGUUGAAAAAGCACAAAUAACACAGCAAAAUACAAAUUUAACUUCCAAAUAGAAAAAGGAGAAGACAAGAAAGUAAACAAGCUUUAUUAGAAGGAAGGCAGUGGCCAAGUGAAGCAGCUGGAAUCACACUGAAGUGAUUCUGAACUCUGCAGAUCAUUCCAUUCUUCCUUCUGCUACAGAGCUCAGAUCCCUGAUUUACAGUGCCUUUUGUUUCAAAGGACUAAGCAAGAUUCUCGAAUAGAAACUGGAAAUCAUUUCAACUUAAAUAGCAGAUUAACAGAAUACUUCUGAAGAAUUGCAGUUCUGCAGAAUUAAAUAAGGUUUCUGUGAUCUCAGCUGGAAAGUGUGUGUGUUUUCCCUAAGCAUUGUGGAAUAAGAAAGCCACUCUGCAACAUGACAUAUGAAGAUUUUGACAACUACUCUUAUUUCUACUAUCUGUCUGAGGAAGAUGAGUCACCCCAGUCCUCCCUCAGCAUUGCCCAUAUUAUUUCCCUUUUCUUUUGCAGUGUGGCAUUUCUGCUGGGAGUGCCAGGUAAUGCCAUUGUCAUCUGGUUUAUGGGCUUUAAAUGGGAUAAAUCUGUUUCCACACUCUGGUUCCUGAAUCUGGCUGUUGCAGAUUUCAUUUUUGUUCUCUUUCUGCCCCUCUAUAUUACAUACGUGGCAAUGGGUUUCCACUGGCCUUUUGGGAAGUGGCUCUGCAAAAUGAACUCAUUCAUUGCACUACUUAAUAUGUUUGCCAGUGUUUUCUUCCUGACAUUCAUCAGCCUUGACCGCUACAUCCGCCUUGUCCACCCAGUCUUUUCCUACAAAUACAGGACUGUAAAGAACACCCUCCUUCUGAGUGGGGUCAUUUGGAUGUCAGCUGCAAUUAUUGGUGGCCCUGCCUUAUACUUCAGAGACACAGCUACAGGCCUCAACAAUGUCACCAUUUGCUUCAACAACUUCCAUGUACAUGACAGAGAACUUUUUUUGCUGACACAUCACAUUCUCAUUUGGGUGAGGCUUGCAUUUGGUUACCUCUUUCCUUUAGUGACCAUGGUGAUUUGCUACUCACUGCUGAUUGUCAAAGUGAAGAGGAGAACUGUAUUGACUUCUAGCAGGCUUUUCUGGACCAUCACUGCUGUAGUUGUAGCUUUUUUUGUCUGCUGGACACCAUAUCAUAUAUUCAGCAUUGUGGAGCUGUCUGCUCACCAUCAUGAAAACUUGCAUGACUUACUACAGGAUGGCAUGCCCCUCUCCACUGGCCUUGGUUUCAUCAACAGUUGCCUCAACCCAAUCCUCUACGUUCUGAUUAGCAAAAAGUUCCAAGCCCAGGUCAAGAGCACGGUGUCUGAGGUGCUGAAGCUGGCCCUGUGGGAGGUGAGCCGCUCGGGAACAGUCAGCGAGCAGCUGUGGAGCUCAGACAGCGCGCCCGUGCACUACUGUGAAACUGCUCAGUGACUCUCAUGUCACCAGCUCUCCCCAAAGGAGCUGACAGGAGGUCUGCAGGUGUUCUUGACUUCACAUCUGCCAGUCAGAUGUGCAUCUUUGCAUAUACAGCUUUCUGUAAACAGCUGGCUUAAUUGCACUUGCUGCUUUAAUUGAAAGGUUUUUAAGGGACACAUGAUUUGCAUGUGUGCCCUUGCAAUGCACAUACAGCCUGAACUGAAAGCUAUCAGCAUAGGUGGAAUUACUCUAACUGGGCUUUUGAUGAGGAAUGUUGUUGUAAUCCUGUUGGUUUGCUGUGGUUCCAUAGCUCAUUGAUAUCAAAAGGACACAUAAUAAAAAUAUUUUUCCUUGCCAUUGCUGAUACCACUCUUAAUUGAGGCAUUCUCAUCCAAAAGGCUGUGGCCGUACAUCACUGCAUCAUGAGUCUCCUGAUUGCCUACUACUGCCCCAAGGAGGAAUCCCCUGGCUACAUCCCACCUAAAUG